AUGACGAGAAGGAAGAUACAGAUAAAGAAAAUUGACGGUAUAACAGCAAGACAAGUGACUUUCUCAAAGAGAAGGAAAGGUCUCUUCAAGAAGGCACAGGAACUCUCGACUCUUUGUGAUGCUGAGAUUGCCCUCUUAGUCUUCUCUUCUACUGGCAAGCUCUUUGAUUAUGCUAGCUCAAGUAUGCAGCGGGUAAUUGAAAGGUACGAUCAACAUUCUGCCGUUCAAAGACUAGGCCAAUCAUCUGCUGAUCUACAGCUUGGAGGUGAUGAGAAUAAGCUGCACAAGGUAGUAGCAGAAAGGACUCGUGGAUUGAGGCAAUUGAAUGGGGAAGAACUUCAAGAAUGCACACUUGAAGAAUUGCAGAAACUAGAGGAAAGACUUCAAAGAGACUUGUCCCGCGUUUCAAAAACAAAGGAUGAAAGAUUCAUGAAAUCCAUCAACGCACUAAAGAGAAAGGGAAUCCAACUCAUGGAAGAAAAUCGAAAAUUGAAGCAGGUGAUCAAAGAUUUAUAUUCUUUUCUUAUUAUAAAAUAUUGCCUUUCUUCUCAAAUGUUGAGAAUUGAAAAUCUCAUAACACAAACACACACUUACAGAGACUUGCACGCGAACAAGGCCAGUCUUCUGACUCCAUCGUCAUUUGCAGUUCAUCUGACAAUCCUCCUCAAGGCACUGAUAGUUCUGAUGCAUCUCUCAGGCUGGGAUAAUUAA